AUGAUGGAUCAAGAUCUGGCAAGUAGAUUCCAAAAAUCCAAACUGUCGGAUAGGGAAGAAGGGGGAAUCUCUAUUACCGAAGAAGAUAUUCACCUGGGGAAAAGAGAGUGUGAACUCAGUUUGUUGGGGAAAAUAUACGGAUGCAAAAAGGCAAAUGUUAUGGGACUAAAGACCAUCUUGCAGAACAUCUGGCAUACUCAGUGGCCAUUCCAAACUCGUAAUCUCGGAGACAACAAAUUCCAGUUCGUUUUCCAAUCAGAAGAAGAUAAAAAGAAAAUAUUGGAAGGCAAAGUGUGGUCCUUUGAUGGACAGUACCUCUUGUUGAAGGAGUGGAACCCGGAUACCAGAGGAUUUCCGGAGGAUGGGGAUAAAGUCCAACUAUGGGUGCAAAUCAUGAAUCUGCCGCUGCACUGGGUGUCAGAGGAGACAGGAAUCAAAAUUGGCAAACUCUUCGAAAAGGUACUUGAUGUGCGCAUUCCAGAAACAGGAGAAAUGGGUGGAAGGCUCAUCAAGAUUUUGGUGGAAAUGAAUCUGAAGGAACCCAUCAUCAGAGGAACUCGCAUUAAUCUGGGAACAGAAACUAAGUGGAUAACUUUCAGGUAUGAAAAUCUUCAGACAUUCUGCUACUACUGUGGGUUGAUCGGGCAUGCAGACUUGAACUGUGAGAAAAAGAAAGAGGAUGUGAGAUGCAUGAAGUUGAAUAGUGGACAAUAUGGGGAAUGGUUAAGGGCUGUUCUUGGGAAUAGAAUAGGGAUGAGAGGGGUUAGUUUAGGGGAUAGGUGGAGCCCUAAGGCGGGGAAAGAAAAAGGGAGGGAUGAGAAUAAUACUACAAAUUCUCUGAGUGAGAAGGGUGAGGGCAUUGUAGGAAUAAAUAGAGAAGGAAGUCUAGAAGCUGAGAAGAGGGGAGAAAUGGUAGAUAGAGAAAUUGUUGAUGUUAGUAAUGAACCUGAGAUCAAUAGUAAGGAGAAGGGAGGUGUCAAGGCUCCUAACCAAGGAAUAGUGGAACCAGAGGCAAAUAGCUCUACUCAACCCCAAGAGGGUCUCGGGAAGAGCCAAUCUGAACCAAUGUGUCUUGACAAUUUGGUAGCAAUACCAGUUCAAUCUGUAUCCAGUAGACUUAUGCAGGGUAUUCAAAGCAAAACAGGUAAAAUAACUGGGCUUAAAAAACCUAAACUGAGUGAAACUAGGAGAUUAAACGGGAAGGCAGAUAUGAAUGAGUGCUCAGAUAAAGAACCAGUUAAUGUUGAGGAGAAAAAAAAGAAAACCUAA